UGUUUUUUCUAGCUUCUCUUUCCAUUUUGAGGGUCAACUUUGCUCUUUCUCUCACUUUCUCUUCCUCUUUCUAUUCUAAGUCGUCUUCGCUUCUUUGGUGGAAAGGACUCAGAUCCUCUCAAGCAUUCUUGAUGUGAAAACUAUCCAUCUUCCUAAGUUUCUCUGGUGUUGCAGUGUCAACUUCUCAGGCGUUUAACAGAGUCUGUUAAUCAAAAUUUAUCUCUGGUUCAUUUUCUAGAGCUGCCGCUGUGUUCAUCUUCCAUCUUAAUUCAAAGGGUGAUCCUUUAUGUAAUAUUUGGAUCUUCUUUUCCUCUUCAUUUCUUUCCCACAGCAGUUGAGUGCUAAAAGUUCAAACUUUUUCGUUUUUUCUCCUCAAUAUAUUUGAUGGGUCAUCAGAUAGAUCACCAUAAUGCAAAUCAUCUCAAUUUUUUGAUUCUGGGAAUCUGACUUUUGUUGCUUGACUUGCUAGUGAGUCUGGUGUUGUGAAUGGGGGAAACAGUGACAUUCUGUAAUUUUGCUUAUUUGAGCUUUGUUUAGCUAUUAUUAUGUUGGCUAGCUUUUCGAUUGAGAUCGACCCUUAAAGGAGUAUAUUUUCUUUGUUUUGCUUCUAAAUUAAGUCAAACAAUUUUUUGACUAAAUUGGAACCUGCUAUGUUUGGGGUCAUGGAUAAUGCAAACGAAGCAUCAUCAUCCUUGAGUUUUGCAUCAUCUCUCUUGUCAAAUGGUUCUAGUAAUCACAACAUAUCUUCCUCCACCAACAAUGAGCAUGUAGCAAAUAUUGACAUUUUGAGUCUGAGUAAGCUCAGUGGAUGCCUUGAGAAGUUGUUGACCGAUGCUGAUUAUGAUUAUUGUGACGCUGAGAUUCUUGUUGAAGGCAUCCCUGUGGGUAUUCAUCGCUGUAUAUUGGCUUCACGUAGUCAGUUUUUUCAUGACCUUUUUAAGAAAGGAAAUGAUGGAUCAGUGAAGGAAGGAAAACCAAGGUAUCUCAUGUCAGCUUUGGUGCCUUAUGGCACAGUUGGAUAUGAAGCUUUCCUUGUUUUCUUGCAUUAUUUGUAUACUGGAAAGCUAAAGCCUUCACCACCAGAAGUUACAACAUGUGUUGAUGAAGCAUGUAUCCAUGAUGCUUGCCGCCCUGCUAUCAAUUAUGCUUUGGAACUAUUGUAUGCUUCUGCCACUUUUCAGAUGAAAGAGCUGGUUUUGCUUUUCCAGCGACGUCUCCUAAAUUUUGUUGAGAAGGCUCUUGUGGAAGAUGUCAUUCCUAUUCUUAUGGCUUCCUUUCACUGCCAACUAAGCCAGCUUCGCUCUCAAUGCAUUCAGAGAGUAGCAAGGUCUGACCUUGACAGCAUAUCUUUGGAAAAAGAACUCCCUCAUGAAGUUGUGACUGAAAUCAAGUCACUCCAAGUCCAAUCUCAACCAGAAUCCGCACCUGAAGCAAUGGAAGUGGAACCUUCAAAUGAUAAGAGUAUCAGGAAAAUCCAUAAAGCAUUGGACUCUGAUGAUGUUGAGCUACUUAAGCUUCUUCUAAAUGAGUCUAGUGUCACUCUAGAUGAUGCCAAUGCUUUACACUAUGCCUGUGCCUAUAGUGAUUCUAAGAUUGUUCAAGAAGUUCUUUCUCUAGGCUCGGCUGAUGUUAGCCUUAGAAAUCCACGAGGAUACACGGUUCUUCAUGUGGCUGCAAGACGAAAGGAUCUAUCCAUUUUGGUAGCAUUGCUGAAAAAAGGGUCAUGUGUAUCAGAUACCACUCCGGAUGGACAAAAUGCUCUUUCAAUUUGUCAGAGGUUGACAAGACGCAAGGAUUACCAUGAGAAAACAGUGCAGGGGAAGGAAUCUAACAAGGACAGGCUCUGUGUUGAUGUCUUGGAGAGAGAGAUCAGAAGGAAUUCUAUGUCUGUGAAUAUGUCUUUUUCGUCACUGUUAACUACUGAUGAUUUGCACAUGAGACUGGGAAUCUUUGAAAAUAGAGUUGCAGUUGCUAGGAUGCUGUUUCCUGCUGAGGCUAGGGUAGCCAUUGAGAAUGCUGAGGCAGAUUCAACAUCACUGUACGCAAGGUCAUCAGCUUUGAAGGGCCCAAGUGGCAUUCUAAAAGAAGUAGACCUAAAUGAAACCCCUUCUGUUCGAACCAGAAAACUACAGUUAAGAUUGCAUGCCCUUCAAAAAACAGUUGAGAAUGGCAAGCGCUUCUUUCCACAUUGUUCUGAGGUGCUUGAUAAGUUUCUGGACGACGAGAUGCCUGAUGUUUUCUUCCUAGAGAAGGGCACUGAAGAAGAGCAAAUAAUCAAGAAAGCACGCUUCCAGGAACUUAAAGAUGAUGUGCAGAAGGCAUUUCAUAAGGAUAUGGCUGAAAAUAACCAUACAGGUUUUUCAUCUUCAGUGUCUUCUGCAUCAUCCUCAUCUCGUAGGGAUGGUCUUAGUCAUAAAGUGAGGAAAAAAUGAAGUCCCUGUUCUUCUAUAGUGGUUGCUUAAAGUUUUGGCUUUUUGAAGCAGUGCAAGUAGCACUUUAUAGCAUAUAUUGCCAAUAAGAUGCUAUGUUACAGUAGGAGUUUUGCAAAUGAACAUGGGACAUUUUUCUAGAUUGAUGUACUUGCUUGCACUUUUUGCACCAAAAGGAAAGAAGAAAAAGAAAGAAAGGAAGAUGUACUCGCUAGGUAUAUUUGUUCCUCCGAAA